GAGAGCACACAAAGCCACGAGGGGCAGUAGUAGCUGCAAGUGAGCCCAAGCAAAGAGAAAAGAGAGAGAGAGAGAGAGUAAGAGAGAGGAUCAUCAUGUCGAAGGAGGUGAGCGUGGAGGUGGAGCAGCCACCGGCGAAGGACUACAGUGACCCGCCGCCGGCGCCGCUGCUGGACUUUGGUGAGGUCCGCCUCUGGUCUUUCUACCGAGCCCUCAUCGCCGAGUUCGUCGCCACCCUGCUCUUCCUCUACGUCAGCAUCGCCACCGUCAUCGGCCACAAGGAGCAGAACGCGGCCGACCAGUGCAGCGGCGUAGGCCUCCUCGGCAUCGCUUGGGCCUUCGGCGGCAUGAUCUUCAUCCUCGUCUACUGCACCGCCGGAAUCUCAGGAGGACACAUCAACCCGGCGGUGACGUUCGGGCUGUUCCUAGCGAGGAAGGUGUCGCUGAUAAGGGCGGUGCUGUAUAUUGUGGCUCAGUGCUUGGGAGGCAUCGUCGGGGUGGGCAUCGUGAAAGGGAUCAUGAAACACCAGUACAACUCCCUCGGCGGCGGGGCCAACGUGGUCGCAACCGGCUACUCCAAGGGCACCGCCCUCGGGGCGGAGAUCAUCGGCACCUUCGUCCUCGUCUACACAGUCUUCUCCGCCACCGACCCCAAGCGCAGCGCCCGCGAUUCUCACGUCCCCGUGUUGGCACCACUUCCCAUCGGGUUCGCCGUGUUCAUGGUACACCUCGCCACCAUCCCCAUCACCGGGACUGGCAUCAACCCCGCUCGGAGCCUUGGCGCCGCAGUCAUCUACAACCAGGACAAGGCCUGGGAUGAUCAUUGGAUCUUCUGGGUGGGUCCGUUCAUCGGAGCGUUGGCCGCCGCGGCGUACCACCAGUACAUCCUGAGAGCAGCCGCCAUCAAGGCUCUGGGCUCCUUCAGGAGCAACCCGAGCAACUAAGCCCUCUCCUACCCGCAUGCAGCGGCCGGAGCCCCCGCUACCUCUUUGUUUUCCGGUUUCAUUUGUGGGGGGUUGAUUCUGAUUUCCCUUCGUUAUUUCCUUAGUUUCUUCUCACUCGCUCAUCUUUAUUCUUCUUCUUCUUCUUCUUCGUCUUGUGUAAUGUAUGGGGGGAUGUGUGGUCCUUUGUUCAAUUCAAGUUCUGGAAAUUAUGUU